AGGAGCCCCCCCGGAGCCCCCCGGGCCCUCCCCGGACAGCGGAGCCCCGGCCGGAUUUUCUCCUGCUGGGCGGCCGAGCGGAAGAAGGGAAGCCCCGGCGCGCUUUUCCUGGCUGGCUUCGCGGCCCCCCCGCCCCGCCUUGGCCGCCCGGUGCCCGGCUGGUAGAAUUUGCUUUGCUCCGCUGGGCCCCCGAAGGUCGGGAUGCGUCUCUGAGCCGGGGGAAGAAGCCCCCCCGGCGCCCCCCGUUGAAUGUAGGCGUUAUACCUGCCAAGGAAAGGAAGGCCGGGAAGAAAAGGAGGCCUGGGCGCCGGGGGGGCCCUGCCUGGAUGCCCCCCCCCGGGAUGGGGAAGUGACUCCCUCCGCAGCAGGGACGCCGGGCACCCUCCGCCUCCUCGCCCCGGGCCCUCCACCUCGGGGUGCUGGAUCUGGCUGCAAACCAUGAACAUGCGCCCCCCUGCCCUGGACAGACGCGCCAGUAAAAGGCACCCUCGCUUGCCCAGCCCCAUUGCGGCCUGGUUGGGCUCCCUGUCUUCCUUGGGCGACUCGGCUCUGGACCGGCGCUCGAGCAGCCAUCAUCGCCAGCCGUCCGACUCCGGCGAGAGCACAGGUUUGGUCCAGCGCUGCGUCAUCAUCCAGAAAGACGAACAUGGCUUUGGCUUCACCGUCAGCGGUGACCGGAUUGUCCUGGUACAGUCCGUUCGGCCAGGCGGAGCUGCAAUGAAGGCCGGGGUGCAGGAAGGUGAUCGGAUUGUCAAGGUGAACGGGACCGUGGUCACCAACACCUCCCACCUGGAAGUGGUGAAGCUCAUCCGAUCUGGCGCUUACGUUGCUCUCACCCUGCUGGGCUCCCCUCCUUCGUCUUCGGGCUUCCCGGGAUCGCAGCAUGACCGGCAACAGGCAGGGACCCCGCAAAUCACGUGCACGUGCCCCCCUCCCCCACCACCACCGCCGCCAUUGCCGCCGCCUGCCCACCGUGUCCCCGCUGGGCCAAAGCCACCGCAGGACCCAGAAGUGCAGAAACACGCGACGCAGAUCCUCAGAAGAAUGCUGCAGCAGGAAGAGGCCGAACUGCAGCGAUGUUACGAGAUCUACAGCCAGAAUCCGGCUCCUUUGCUGGAGGAGCAGAUCGAGGGGGGGCGGCGCAGGGUCAGCCAGUUGCAGCUCAAGAUUCGGCAGGAGAUGGGAGAGCUGGGGGAUGCUCCCCGUCUGUCCAGCGAUUCCAGUUCCCUCAACUCCCGGACGACGGACGGAGGCCUCUCGGUCGACUCCCAGGAUGGCGACAGCGGCCUGGACUCGGGCACGGAGCGCUUCCCUUCCGUGAGCGAAAUCAACCGGAACUCUGUCCUUUCUGAUCCUGGCCUAGACAGUCCUCACACCUCGCCCGUUGCCGCUUCACGGCUGUUCUUGCACCAUCGACGCCAAGGCUCCGACAGCCCCUUCUCGCCCCCCGCAGAGCAGAGUUUGGAUCACAUGCUGCAAACUUCUAUCAUUGGCCCGGAAGAGGAUUACGACCCAGGAUAUUUGGACAACGAGAACGACUCUCUGUUCCAAGACUUGGGGAAGCUGAAGACGCGGCCAGCCCACCUCGGAGUUUUCCUGCGCUACAUCUUCUCUCAGGCAGAUCCGAGCCCCCUGCUCCUGUAUUUGUGCGUGGAUGUUUACCUGCAGAUGAGUCCCAAGGAAGGCCGGGCACUGGGCAAGGACAUUUGGCACAUUUUCCUGGACAAAACUGCGCCCCUGAGGGUCAAGGUCUCUGAUCAGCUGUUGGCGGAAAUCGACUCCCGCCUGCGGAACGGAGAGGACGCCCGAAGUGCUUUCCUGGAGGUUCAGGAGGCCACCAUGCCCGAGAUCCAGGAGCAGAUCCAAGAUUACAGGACGAAGCGUACGAUGGGCCUGGGGAGCCUGUAUGGGGAGAACGACCUGCUGGACUUGGACGGGGAGCUCCAGAAGGAGCGCCAAGUGGCCGAGAAGCAGAUGGCGCAGCUGGGGGACAUCCUAUCCAAAUAUGAAGAUCGGAGCUCCUCCAUGAGCUUUGCCCUGAAGACCUACAUGAGCCACAUGGGCAUCUACCCUCGGGAGGGCCGCCCGCCCAGCGUUGUGGAGAAGUCCCAGGAGAAGGACAAGUGGCUACCUUUCUUCCCCAAGACCAAGAAGAGCAGCAGCGGUAAGAAGGAGAAGGAGGCCGCGGUGGAGGACCGGAAGCGGAACCCCAUCCUCAAGUAUAUCGCCAAGCCCAAAAGCACCUCCCAGAGCACAUUUCAUGUCCCCCUGUCCCCUGUGGAAGUUAAGCCAGGGAACGUGAGGACCAUCAUCCAGCAUUUUGAGAACAGCCAGAACCACGAGGGCCAGGAGGCCGGCCUGCAGCGUCUUUCCACGGGCAGCUUCCCCGAAGAUCUUCUCGACUCGGAGGGUUCCAGGGCCGAGGUCCGGCUGGGCCGGUCGGAGAGCCUGAAGGGGCGGGAGGAGCUGAGGCGGCUGCGCAAGGCCGAGAACGUCCCCCGUUCCCGCAGCGAUGUUGACAUGGACGCUGCCGCGGAGGCUGCUCGGCUCCACCAGUCGGCGUCGUCCUCCGCCUCCAGCCUCUCCACCCGGUCCCUGGAAAACCCCACCCCGCCCUACACUCCCAGAAUGGGGCGCAGGAGCAUCGAGUCGCCCAGCUUGGGCUUCAGCUCGGAGGCCCUCCUGCCCCACUUGCUGGAGGACGAGCUCGGCCAGUUUUCGGACCUGGAGGUAGAACUGGACUCCCAAAACUGGCAGCAGACGGUGGGCCGGGAGGUGGCUGCCCAGCUGGCUCAGCGGGAGAUCGAUCGCCAGGAGGUCAUCAAUGAGCUGUUUGUGACCGAGUCUUCCCACCUGCGGACGCUGCGCGUGCUGGACCUCCUUUUCUACCAGCGCCUGAGGAGGGAGGGGCAGCUUUCCCGGGAGGAGCUGGCCCUGCUCUUCCCCAACCUUCCGGAGCUGAUCGAGAUACACAAUUCCCUGUCGGAAUCCAUGAAGAGGCUGCGGGAAGAAGGGCCGGUGGUGAAGGAGGUCGGAGACUUGAUGCUUUCACGGUUCGAUGGGGCGGCGCUUGAGGAGUUCCAGCAAGUGGCGGCCGAGUUCUGUGCCUACCAGUCCAUGGCGCUGGAGCUGAUCAAAACCAAGAAGCGGAAGGAGAUGCGCUUUCAGCAAUUCAUGCAGGAGGCCGAGAGCCACCCACAAUGCCGCCGCCUGCAGCUGAAGGACCUCAUCAUCGCCGAGAUGCAGCGCCUGACCAAGUACCCCCUGUUGCUGGAGAACAUCCUCAAACACUCCCCGGGGCAGACUCCGGAGCACCAGAAGCUCUGCCGGGCUCGAGACCACUGUCGGGAGCUCCUCAGGUACGUGAACGAGGCGGUCAAGCAGGCGGAGAACCAGCAGCGCCUGGAGUCCUACCAGAAGCGCCUGGAUGCCACCUCACUGGAGCGGACCGGCAAUCCCAUUGCAGCCGAGUUCAAGAACCUGGACCUGCGAGGACAUCGGAUGAUCCAUGAGGGGCCCCUGGCCUGGCGCAUCAGCAAGGACAAGACUGUGGAUCUGCAGGUGCUGCUGCUGCAGGGUCUCCUGGUGCUUCUCCAGCGUCAGGAUGAGCGGCUGGUGCUGAAGUGCCACAGCCGGAUGGGGCUGGGCUCCUCGGACACCAAGCAGACCUUCAGCCCCGUCCUGAAGCUCAGCUCCGUCCUCAUCCGCUCCGUGGCCACCGACAAGCGUGCCCUGUUCAUCAUCUGCACCUCGGAGCUGGGACCCCAGAUCUACGAGCUGGUCGCCUCCAGCUCCCUGGAGAAGAACACGUGGAUGGACCUCUUAGAAGAGGCGGUGAAGAGCUCCACGCAGAAGGCGACGCUGCCCAACCAGCACCAUCCCAAGGAGCUGCGGCCCCCCCGGCCGGCCCCAUCCAGCUUCAUCUUCCAGGACGCCGAGGUCACCCCCGGGCUGGGCCAAGGGAGCAGCCCCCCCCACCAUGAAGCGGAGGAGGAGGAGGGGGAGGGGGAGGAAGGGGCCUCAGAUGACACUCCCACCGAAGCCUUUGCAGCCGAGCAGCUGGAGGUCGGGCACCCAGAGGAGGAGGAGGAGGAGGAGGAGGAGGAGGAGGAGGAGGAGGAGGAAGGCCACGCACCCACUGCCCUUCCAUUGCACCCUCUGGAGGAACCACCCCCCCCUCGAAGGCCUCCCUGCCUGGAGAGCAUGGCGGAGUCCGCCUUGGGGGACGUGGAGACCCUGCGGAGGCUCCUCCUGAACAGCUUCCUGCCCAGCCAGGACUCCGAGCCAGAGGACGACCUGACCCCCACCCCGUCAGGGCUCGGCCACAAGCGGCCCUGGGGCUCGGCAUCUGCCAGCCAAGAGCAGCCCCCGGAGGCCUCCGUUCUCCCUGGCCCUCCAGAGCCGGACGUGCAGGAGAGCCUGACCGGGCCCCCGUCCUCGGGCCCCACAAGCGAUCCCGGGCCGGGCGAGGGCCAGGAGGCGAUGGCCCCCCCUGCGGCCCAGGCAGGCGACCAGCAGUCUGAGACUCCAAGCGGCUACCUGGUGGUGCGGAAAGCUGAGGUGGAGGGCAGUAAAAGUGCUCAGCUCUCGAUGGUGAAAGACAGCCAGGCGGGAAUUGACGCCGGAGGCCCCCCUAAUGCAGAUGGAAACUGUUUCUACUUAAGCCUGCCUGCCGACUUCGAAAAGCCUCAGGCAGGUGCCAAGAGCGCCGGGGAGUCGGUGGACGUUUUGAGCCGGGCACCAUCCUUGCCUACGGCGGUGCCUUUGCCCGGCUGCCAGGAGAACACUAGGGAGACCCCGGCAAGGGGGCAGAGCAUGCAGGACGUGGAUGCCAUCUUCCGGACACUAGAGCAACUCACGCGCAAACUGUCCAAACUCAAGGACGUGGAAGGGGCAUACCGGCAGCUGCUGCUCUGGCAGCCCCCGACGAAGGGGCACCCCACUACCCAAGCCCCUCCUGGACAGGGACGCACAUCCCCAGAGCUGAGCCGGAUGUCGCCCAGCACCCACCGGGGGUCCAGAGCCAGCCGUCCCUCUCUGCCCUCCUCCCCACAGUCCCCAGUGGCUGCCAAGCCUGACGUGAACGGGCUCUCUCUCGCCCUGCCGGAAGACGGCUCCCAGGAAGUAACCCUGUAGGGCAGGAAGGCCUCCAUCAAGGAAGGAAAAAGCACCUCCAGGUGAUGCCUCCAUCACCUUCCCACCCCUCCCGGCCCGUGCAGAAGAUGGGAGGAGGCCGUGGAUGGGACCGGCAGCUGCCAGGGUGAAAAAUGGCGAAACCAAGGAGGAGGCAGAGACAGCUGGACCCCGCCUCGUUGGGAAGCAGACUUUUGGCUUCGCGUGAUGUUCUGUGAAAACAUCUGGAGGCUUCCCCAACUGGAGCGAGCGAAAGCAGACUUUCUGCUCUUUCCCCUGAAACGUAAGGAGCCCCCGUCCCUCCGCUGGCAGACUUUGGGGUCCAGCCCUUCAUUUUGUCCCAUAGAUGAAUUGAUGGCGUGCUUGCACGUUGGGUAUGCGUGAGAGUUGUGUAGACAUACACGUGCCCUGCAGCCUGGCUUUUCCACGGCACAGGACAGCGGGAGUAUAUUCUGUAUACUUGCACUUUUGUUUUCCUUAACGUCUUCUCUCCAUGGGGAGGAAAGUCUGGCCAGGGAGGCCCCGCUGCCUCCAGACCUCCUCCUCGGAUAUAAAUAUGUAUGUAUGUGCAUUGAGGUUUUGUAAAUAUGAUAGGCGGUUGUUUCCCCGUG